AUGAAGUUUGUGACGUGUAUCCUGAUGUUCAUACGCGCAUCAAGAGAGGGAGACUGGAGUCUCCACCUUGAGUACCUCAAGGCUCUGGCACGGUAUUUCUUUGCUUAUGGCGGGCUGAGUUUUGCACGAAUGGUGCCACUAUAUAUAUAUCUAGCGCAGAUGCACAGGUUUAAGAUCGAUGUUCCCGGUGUUUACCUUGAAUUCAUGCAAGGAAACUUUUGUAUAACCAAGAAGGAGAGCCCAUUCUGUGCAAUUGGUCCGGACCAUGCUAUAGAACACGUCAACAAGUUGAUGAAGGUUCGGGGAGGACACAGCAACCAGCAGCCAUGGCAAGAUGGUUCCUUGUGGCACCAGAACUGAUUCGACUUGCGGCGCAUGUUGAGGAAAUAGUGGGAUUACAAAGAGCUUCAUCAUCACACCAUCAUGAUUUAAGCGAUGUGCUAACAAAGCGCUGUAACGAGAAUGCACAAAAGCUUAAAGAUGUGCUU